AUGUCAUAUGACAUCAAUCGAUCUUCAAAUCUUCUUUCUCUGUCUGUUGCAACCAAUAAAGCUAACCCCAGUGUUAUCCAGAAUCUUCAGGUCAUUGAGGUGCUGACUUCAAGUGCAACUGUACAAUGGAGGCAGCCGACAGGUGGUCCUGCAAGUUAUAGUGUAACUGUGAGUGGAAGCCCGUCAUCUGUGUACAGUCUGAGUUCAUCUACAACAUCUCUUACUUUGUCCAAUUUGGUACCUGGAAACUUCUACAUUGUUAUGGUGACUGCAAAUUAUGUUCCUGUCACCAUAUACUUCUACACAGAACCUGACAUAGUGAAGAAAUUGACCAUAGUGAAUGUCAACACAACAUCAGUGUCUCUCAACUGGCUGCCACCAGAUGGGUCUGCAAGUUCUUAUAAGAUAGAAAUCUUACAGAAUUCGACUCUAAAUACAAUUGUUACUUCAACCUCAGUCGCAGUAGGGAAUCUAAUCCCAGGAAAAUGCUACACAUUCUUAGUUUCUUCGCUGGUUGGAUUAAAUACAGUAAAAGGAGAAAGCCUCAAUAUCUUUGCAUGCACAGGACCUGACAUAGUGAAGAAUUUGACCGUAGUGAAUGUAAACACAACAUCAGUGUCUCUCAACUGGCUGCCACCAGAUGGGUCUGCAAGUUCUUAUAAGAUAGAAAUCCUACAGAAUUCGACACUAAAUACAAAUGUUACUUCAACCUCAGUCACAGUAGGGAGUCUGAUCCCAGGAAAAUAUUACACAUUCCUAGUUUCUUCGCUUGUUGGAGAAAAUAUAGUAAAAGGAGAAAACCUCAUUAUUUCUACAUACACAAGACCUGACAUAGUGAAGAAUUUGACCAUAGUGAAUGUCAACACAACAUCAGUGUCUCUCAACUGGCUGCCACCAGAUGGGUCUGCAAGUUCCUAUAUGAUAGAAAUCCUGGAGAAUUCGACACUAAAUACAAUUGUUACUUCACCCUCAGUCACAGUAGGGAAUCUAAUCCCAGGAAAAUAUUACACAUUCCUAGUUUCUUCGCUUGUUGGAGAAAAUACAGUAAAAGGAGAAAGCCUCAAUAUCUCUACAUACACAAGACCUGACAUAGUGAAGAAUUUGACCAUAGUGAAUGUCAACACAAUAUCAGUGUCUCUCAACUGGCUGCCACCAGAUGGGUCUGCAAGUUCCUAUAUGAUAGAAAUCCUGGAGAAUUCGACACUAAAUACAAUUGUUACUUCACCCUCAGUCACAGUAGGGAAUCUAAUCCCAGGAAAAUAUUACACAUUCCUAGUUUCUUCGCUUGUUGGAGAAAAUACAGUAAAAGGAGAAAGCCUCAAUAUCUCUACAUACACAAGACCUGACAUAGUGAAGAAUUUGACCAUAGUGAAUGUCAACACAACAUCAGUGUCUCUCAACUGGCUGCCACCAGAUGGGUCUGCAAGUUCUUAUAUGAUAGAAAUCCUGGAGAAUUCGACACUAAAUACAAUUGUUACUUCACCCUCAGUCACAGUAGGGAAUCUAAUCCCAGGAAAAUAUUACACAUUCCUAGUUUCUUCGCUUGUUGGAGAAAAUACAGUAAAAGGAGAAAGCCUCAAUAUCUCUACAUACACAAGACCUGACAUAGUGAAGAAUUUGACCAUAGUGAAUGUCAACACAACAUCAGUGUCUCUCAACUGGCUGCCACCAGAUGGGUCUGCAAGUUCUUAUAUGAUAGAAAUCCUGGAGAAUUCGACACUAAAUACAAUUGUUACUUCACCCUCAGUCACAGUAGGGAAUCUAAUCCCAGGAAAAUAUUACACAUUCCUAGUUUCUUCGCUUGUUGGAGAAAAUACAGUAAAAGGAGAAAGCCUCAAUAUCUCUACAUACACAAGACCUGACAUAGUGAAGAAUUUGACCAUAGUGAAUGUCAACACAACAUCAGUGUCUCUCAACUGGCUGCCACCAGAUGGGUCUGCAAGUUCUUAUAUGAUAGAAAUCCUGGAGAAUUCGACACUAAAUACAAUUGUUACUUCACCCUCAGUCACAGUAGGGAAUCUAAUCCCAGGAAAAUAUUACACAUUCCUAGUUUCUUCGCUUGUUGGAGAAAAUACAGUAAAAGGAGAAAGCCUCAAUAUCUCUACAUACACAAGACCUGACAUAGUGAAGAAUUUGACCAUAGUGAAUGUCAACACAACAUCAGUGUCUCUCAACUGGCUGCCACCAGAUGGGUCUGCAAGUUCUUAUAUGAUAGAAAUCCUGGAGAAUUCGACACUAAAUACAAUUGUUACUUCACCCUCAGUCACAGUAGGGAAUCUAAUCCCAGGAAAAUAUUACACAUUCCUAGUUUCUUCGCUUGUUGGAGAAAAUACAGUAAAAGGAGAAAGCCUCAAUAUCUCUACAUACACAAGACCUGACAUAGUGAAGAAUUUGACCAUAGUGAAUGUCAACACAACAUCAGUGUCUCUCAACUGGCUGCCACCAGAUGGGUCUGCAAGUUCUUAUAUGAUAGAAAUCCUGGAGAAUUCGACACUAAAUACAAUUGUUACUUCACCCUCAGUCACAGUAGGGAAUCUAAUCCCAGGAAAAUAUUACACAUUCCUAGUUUCUUCGCUUGUUGGAGAAAAUACAGUAAAAGGAGAAAGCCUCAAUAUCUCUACAUACACAAGACCUGACAUAGUGAAGAAUUUGACCAUAGUGAAUGUCAACACAACAUCAGUGUCUCUCAACUGGCUGCCACCAGAUGGGUCUGCAAGUUCUUAUAUGAUAGAAAUCCUGGAGAAUUCGACACUAAAUACAAUUGUUACUUCACCCUCAGUCACAGUAGGGAAUCUAAUCCCAGGAAAAUAUUACACAUUCCUAGUUUCUUCGCUUGUUGGAGAAAAUACAGUAAAAGGAGAAAGCCUCAAUAUCUCUACAUACACAAGACCUGACAUAGUGAAGAAUUUGACCAUAGUGAAUGUCAACACAACAUCAGUGUCUCUCAACUGGCUGCCACCAGAUGGGUCUGCAAGUUCUUAUAUGAUAGAAAUCCUGGAGAAUUCGACACUAAAUACAAUUGUUACUUCACCCUCAGUCACAGUAGGGAAUCUAAUCCCAGGAAAAUAUUACACAUUCCUAGUUUCUUCGCUUGUUGGAGAAAAUACAGUAAAAGGAGAAAGCCUCAAUAUCUCUACAUACACAAGACCUGACAUAGUGAAGAAUUUGACCAUAGUGAAUGUCAACACAACAUCAGUGUCUCUCAACUGGCUGCCACCAGAUGGGUCUGCAAGUUCUUAUAUGAUAGAAAUCCUGGAGAAUUCGACACUAAAUACAAUUGUUACUUCACCCUCAGUCACAGUAGGGAAUCUAAUCCCAGGAAAAUAUUACACAUUCCUAGUUUCUUCGCUUGUUGGAGAAAAUACAGUAAAAGGAGAAAGCCUCAAUAUCUCUACAUACACAAGACCUGACAUAGUGAAGAAUUUGACCAUAGUGAAUGUCAACACAACAUCAGUGUCUCUCAACUGGCUGCCACCAGAUGGGUCUGCAAGUUCUUAUAUGAUAGAAAUCCUGGAGAAUUCGACACUAAAUACAAUUGUUACUUCACCCUCAGUCACAGUAGGGAAUCUAAUCCCAGGAAAAUAUUACACAUUCCUAGUUUCUUCGCUUGUUGGAGAAAAUACAGUAAAAGGAGAAAGCCUCAAUAUCUCUACAUACACAAAUGCUUAUUCCCUAUUUAUUUCACUUACUUACUCAUCAAGUGAUGUGAAUCACAAGCUUUUAAUACUAAAAGAGAUAAAUCAAAUUCUGCAGAAACAAUUCCCAGACCGAAAUGUGACCGCUGCCUUGAAAUAA